CGUGUGUAGCUCAACAUCGAACAAUUUCGCGUGAGAAUCGAAUCAGUGUGCAGAAACAAGCGAGAACGACCGAUAACCUUUAUCGCGAAGUCCGCAUGUAAGAAUUCCAAUUUCCAAGAGCAUGUAUUUCUUGAACGAAACGCGCUUCGGUGUUCCACUUUGAACGUUAUGCCAGCUCCACGGGACAGCCCUCCUCCGUACUCUGGCAAAUAAUCGUGACUCAAUUUAAAUACGGCCAAUUAUUACGAAAUGCUGACUUGGCGAACGAUACUAACAGCAUAAACGGCCGGAGACGAGGACGACAUUAGCAGUGCAAAAGUAUCGACAUUAUGCCGAACACGAAGGAUCCGUUCGACGAGGACGUGUCGCUCCUUUACCCAGACAAUCGCGGUGGAAAGUUCCACAUGUUUCCCCAUACACACUACGAAACGCCGAUAAUCAAAGGUGUAGUCUGCCAGCUGAAAAAAUGGCCAAUGGAUCUGUUUUUCGCAUUUAUGACAGCCUGCCUCAUAAUCGGAACUUUGCUGUUCUUGGUCUUCGUUACGGUGGUUGUUGCCCUUCCUACUAUCAUUGAUAACAGGUGUCGAGUGAAAGACAUUUCAACCACCAAAAUCAAUGCUUCGUCCAACGUUUACUUCUUCAAAUUGGAGAACCAAAACUGGUCGACUAUGGAGUUUUGUUACAUAGAAACUGCAGCUCGUAGGCAUCCAGGUUUAAAUGUCUAUUUGAUAAAUUUACUGAGAGAGGAGCCUGUUAAAAGAAACUCGAACGAGUGGAUUGCAAACAGGGCGAGGCUGAAGUUAAAAUUAAAUGAUUCUGUCGAGAGUAGCUAUUUUCCAAAAUCAACACCGGAAGAACAGCUCAGGAAACGACUAGCAUCUGGGGAAACGAAUAUAAAGAACGUCAACAUUUCGAUUGACAAAUUCUUCAAAGGCACGAAACUAUCGCAUGCUGUGAAAGGUUUGAACGACGAGGUUUUAGAAAUGGCGGCGAAAGCACAGCUGCUUUGGACCGUCCCUGGAAUAGCUCUCAAACCAAACAUGUUCUGUGCUUUGGAUUCCAUGAAACAGUUUAUUUGCAAAGACAAAGACUUAUGUCAACCAGACACACUCGCGACAAUCGAACUGGAAAACGAUAUUCAAUUAACAGGAGUUCCGUGUCAAGCUUUCAUGGGAUUUCUCGUACGGGAAAUAUCGAAAAGGGAUCUCACUGGAACAUAUACGUUAACAGAAGCAGUAAGAAAGUAUUGUCCAAGAAUGGACGAUUGCCCAGAAAUCCGAAUUGUCAAUUUGAAAACGAAAUGUCAGAGGGAGUUUUUAGAAUGUCCUAUCGUUUACUCGAGCGCUAUAAGGCAAGAAGACGCGAAUCCUGGAAACAUCAUGACAUGAAACAACGCUUUAUUACAAAUUCUGUACAUGUAGAUUAUAAAAUACAAUGCGAACAUUGUGGAA